AUGGCGGGCUCCGGGGGCCUCGCGGAGUGGUCCGAGGGGGCUGCGGUGUGGUUCCAGCCGGCUGGCGCCCCGGCUCCGUUGCCUGGGGAGCUGGUGGAGGUACACCGGGCGGCGCGGGUGUUGCUAGUGAGCGCCGUCGUCAAUGGGCAGCCCCAGACCUUCGCCCUGCAAAUGGGCAAUGGCGAGGAGGAAGGCGAUCCGGUGUGGCCCCGAGAGGAGUUGGGGCCCACGGGCGUGGAGGACAUGACCCGACUCCACGACCUCCACGAGGCCGCCCUGCUCUGGAACCUCAAGUUGAGAUACGAACAAGGCCUGAUAUACACCUACGCAGGGUCCAUACUGGUCGCCGUAAACCCCUACAGGCCCGUCGACACCCUGUACGGUCUACAAACUGCCAGGAGAUACCACGCAGCGGAAGCCUUGGGGGACCUGCCACCGCAUCUGUUCGCGAUAGCGGCGGCCGCUCGCUCGUCGCUGCCACAUCCGCAGGCCAUACUGAUCUCGGGGGAGUCCGGCGCGGGCAAGACCGAGUCCACAAAACUAGCAGUCCAGUUCCUCGCCGCGGUCGCCCCCGCACCGCCGGGCAGGGCUCCGGUCUCCGAGCAAAUCCUGGAGGCGGCGCCGCUGCUAGAGGCAUUCGGAAACGCGAGGACGCCAAAAAACCACAACUCUAGUCGAUUCGGCAAACUGCUGGAGCUCUACUUCAAGGAUGGCGCGCUGGCCGGCGCCAGAGUCGCUCAUUACCUCCUCGAGAAGUCGCGAAUAGUCACCCAAUCGCCGGGCGAGAGGAACUACCACGUGUUCUACGAACUGCUUGCCGGCUUGGACGAGGAGCAGAGGCGCUCGCGCGGUCUUCUUACGGCCGAACACUAUUUCUAUUUGAAUCAGGGGGGGGACGCCGGCGGCGCCGGAGCUGGUGCCGACUGGUCCGCCCUCUGCGGAGCUAUGCAGGUGCUGGGCAUCGGCGAUUCGGAAAGAGAGGAUAUCAUAAGGGUCUUGGCCGCCGUUCUCCAUCUCGGCAACGUGUACUUCCAUAGAAGACAGUUACGCCACGGACAGGAGGGAGUCCAGUUGGGAGGCGGCGCCGAAGUGCGCUGGGCGGCGCAUUUGCUGAAAGUACCCGCUGAGGCGCUAGCCCGCGCUUUGACCACGAGGGUGACGGCCGCGCGGACCGAGCGCAUGCGAUCUCCCCUUCCAAUAGACCAGGCCCUGGACGCGAGGGACGCCUUCGCCAAGGCCCUCUACUCCUCGCUCUUCAACUGGCUCGUCCUCAGAAUAAACUCGAUAGUGCACCGCGCCGGGCUCCACGACGCCCACCGCAUCUCCCUCCUCGACAUUUUCGGCUUCGAGGACCUGGAAGAGAACUCCUUCGAGCAGCUCUGCAUCAAUUACGCGAAUGAAACGCUGCAGCAUUACUUCAAUAAGCACAUAUUCAAGCUGGAACAGCAGGAGUACCAGAAGGAGCGAUUAGAAUGGUCGAACUUGACCUGGAAUGAUAACUCACCAGUGAUCCAACUGCUGAGUAAGAAGCCCGUGGGUAUUCUGCACCUUUUGGACGAUGAGAGCAACUUCCCCCGAGCCUCAGACGCCUCUUUCCUAGAGAAGUGCCAUUACAACCACGCUUUGAACGAGCUAUACUCGCGACCAAGACUAGGAGCCAACGAAUUUGGGAUAAGGCACUACGCGGGCCAGGUGUGGUACAACGUGGAGGGCUUCCUGGACAAGAACCGGGACGCGCUGCGCGGCGACGUGCUGGAGCUGCUCUGCAGCAGCGAGGUGCCCCUCGUGGCGGAGAUGUCCUCGCAGCUGCGCGCGCACCACGACGCCAACAAGACGCUGCCCAGGGGCGCCAACGGCCGCUUCGUCACCAUGAAGCCGCGGACGCCGACGGUAGCCGCCAGGUUCUCGGACAGCCUGCAGCAGCUGCUCGAGUCGAUGAGCCGCUGCAACCCUUGGUUCGUGCGCUGCAUCAAGCCGAACGGCGACAAGUCGCCGAUGCGGCUCGAGCUGCCGUGCGUGCUGGCCCAGCUGCGCUACACCGGCAUGCUGGACACCAUCAGGAUGCGGCAGACCGGCUACCCGAUACGGAUACCGUUCCAGGGCUUCGUGGAGCGCUACCGAUACUUGCUGAAGUCGAACCCACCUCGAGCUACCCCCUACCGCGAGAUAUGCAACUCCAUACUAGCCGGAAUGCCGCCCACAGGAGCCGCUGGCGCAGACUUCCAGUUGGGCGCGGCUCGUGUGUUCGUGCGGGAAGCGCUCCACCGGGCGCUGGAAAGGGCUCGCGCGGACAAACUGCGCGCGGCGGCGACAGUACUCCAAGCGCAUUUACGCGGCUACCUCGCUAGGCAACGCUACGCGCAGCUGCGAGAGAGCGCGGUGCGCGUGCAGGCGUGGUGGCGCGGGCGGCGCGAGCGCAGGCGCUACUUGCGCGCGCGGCGCGGCGUGGUGCGCGCGCAGGCGCUGGUGCGCGCGCGCCGCGCGCGGCGGCGGGCCGAUGCGCUGCGCGGCCAGCGCGACGCGCAGCGGCGCAGGCAGGAGGCGCAGCAGGCGGCCGCCAAGAGACGUGCAGCUGAACAGAAGGCGAAGGCAGAGAGCUUACAGGUGUUGGAAGUGCCCGCUGAGCUGGCAUUCAUCCUGUCGAAGAUUGACGAUUGGCAACCGCCGCACACCGAAAAGAACAUCACUAAGGUGACUGGUGACGUUUACGCCGAGGAGGAGCGGAUUCAGCUGCCGAAAGACCUGCAGCAGUUCGCGUUCUCGAAGUUCAGCUCGGUAUACUUCGCAGACGGGGGUCAGCUCAGUCCCAAGAAGCACCCCAUCACCAAGCCUUUCCUGUCCAAAGCGGCUGUUAGGGACCAAGACUUUAACGACGCAAUCGCUAUUUUCAAACUGAUCUUGAGAUGGUGCGACGAGUCCACAGCCGGGGAUGAAGCGAGACAAAAGGUGCUGGCGGACUACAUCGCCUCGCGCGGCAUGGCCUCGCGCGGCCUCCGGGACGAGAUCCUGGUGCAGCUGUGCAACCAGGCGGGGGGCGAGGCCUCCGCGCGCGUGUGGGCCCUGGCCGCCCACUGCCUAGCCGCCUUCCAGCCGGGCCCGGCGCUGCACAAAUACCUGGUGCGGCUGAUCUCCGAGUCGGCGGGCGGGCGGCAGCGCGCGCGGCUGCUGCGGCUCGCGUGCGGCGCCGAGGCGGCGGCGGCGCGCGCCAGCGGCGUGCCCAGGCGCGCGCCGCCCACCGCGCUCGAGUGGCGCGCCGCGGACGCCGCCCGGCCCGCGCUGCCGCUGCGCCUCUACGACGACACUGUGACCCACGUGUGCGUGGACGCGUGGACGACGUGCGAGCGCGCCGCCGCCGCCGCCUUGGCGGCUGCCGGUCACCAGCGGGGCCUCACCGGCUGGUCGCUCACCAUGGAGCACAACGGCCAACUCACCGAGUGGGCCGGCUGCGAGUACGCGCUGGACGCCGUGGGCGAGGUGGAGACGUGGCCGGCGCUGGGCGCGGGCCGCGUCGAGCCGCUGCGCUCGAGUUCGCGCCUCGCCCCGCCCGCGCCCCCGCCACGCGCCUCCUCCGUCGACGCAGAGCGGCCCGCGCGCCCGCAGGUACCGCCACCUGAGCCGCCGAAAUCACGCUCGCCCAGCAUGCCGCGCAUGCUCGAAGACUCGAUGGACGAGGGGAUGUCCGAAUACAACUGGAAGAUGGAGCAAGAAGACACCCGCACCAUGAACAAGCACUCUAGCGACUACUCCAGGAAGAUAUCGCACGACAUACUGUCGCGGGAGUCCGCGCUGAACGAGCGCUACUUCGAGCAGCCGUCGGACAAGGUGCGCAGCAGGUCGCUCGACAACCUGCUGGGCGACAACCCUGCGCCGCAGCCGUCGAAGCUGGCCGACCUAGGGCUGUCGCAGUCGCGGCUGAACGAGCGCUACCACUCGGUCGAGCGGCUGGGCGGGUCGGGUGGGGGGGGCGCGGGCAGGGGCGAGCCGGAGUACGGCACCGGCUCCCGGGCGGCGCCGUCGCGCUACAUCAAGUCGCAGUACGCGGGCAAGCGCGCGCCCGCCGGCUCGCAGUCCAGCCGCGCCUACAUCGAGAAGAGCUCCGAAUUCGGGGGCGUCAGGUCGUCUGCGAUGUCGGACACGUCCGAAGCGCCCAGCCUGGCGUCGCACGUGCGCCGCGUGCGCGUGCCCAGCCAGGCGUCCGACGUGGACCAGUUCCUGGACGACCUGUUCUCGCCCGUCCUGGACCCCAACAUCGACGAGAUGUCCGACGCGCGUUCCCUCGCCGCCAGCAUCAAGGGCGGCGCGAGGUACGACGAGUUCGUGGACGGCGUCCUCAGCUGCGACUACACCGAGCGGAUGGACACGCUGAGCAGCGCCCGACACGUCGCCCGCUCGCUCAAGGGCGGCGGGAAGGAGGAGAAGGGAAAAGCGAGCAGGAAAGAGUCGAGCGUCGACUCGGUGGACGAUUACAUAACGAACCUCUUCGAUCCGAUAUUCAUGAAUGACAGUUUAAAGAGACUGACCGACGGCGAGGGUCUGUCGGGUGCCAUAAAGGGCGGCGGCGCGACCCCCAGAGCCGCGACAGCUUCCGCUUCGGCUUUGAGUUACGGCGCGCUAUCUCUGCCGCCGUCCAUGCCGGCCAUGCCGGCGACUCCUGAAGCGUUGGCGGCUGCGUUGGGCCUCCACCUACCACCGCCCGGCACUGUUGACAUCAACGCGUACCACCAAAACCUACAGCGCGCCUUCCUGCAGAACGCAAUGGCGCAAAACCUACAGAUCCAGCAGCAACUGCUGGCCCAAAACCAAGCCUUGCAGACGCUGCUGGCCGGCCAAGUCGCGGAACCGACCGAUUCAUUGCCCACCUCGCCGGUUAGAUCCUCGACCGUCGUCACCGCCCAAGUACACUCGCCGCCUCGAAACGCGGUCAAGGCCAGGCGCGAGUCUAACGAGAGCUCCUCCACUGGGGCGCCUCCCCCUCCCCCUCCGCCGAUGCCCCCGCCGCUGCACGACGUGGACCCGUCGGAGGUUCGACCAUUCCUAGACCCUUACGGGCGAGCGAAGACCGUUCGCAUCGGCAAGUGGCGGUGGCCGCCCCCGAAGGACGCGGUGGGUGGUCAGGAGUCACCGCAGGACUUUACGAAGUUCAAGAUGCGCCAGAUCCAGAGGCGGCAUACCCCUCAGGCGCAGACGAACGGCUUGGAGCACGAGCCGCCGCGCGGCAGAUCGCGCUCGGAGGCGUCCCCGAACAUUGAGUGGGAGGAGUUCGAAGUCGACGGCCGAAAUAUUUCCCCGAGCCGGGAACCGCCGUCGCAGCGUACUGCCAGGCGGAGCUUCGAGAUCGGCGCGCAGAGGCCUUCGCCCGGCAGCGUGGGCAAGUUGAAACUCAGCUCUGAGAUGCGGCAGAGGCUCGAACGGGUCACCGCCAACCACUCGGUCCGGAGCUCGUCCUCCGCGGCGGAGACUCCGCGCACCAUCAACAAGCUGGAGGAUACGAGGAAGCUAAUGCUGGAGCGUCAGUUGGGCGGGGGGCGAUGGGACGCCCCUCCCCCGCCGGUGCCCCCCGCGCCGCCGGGGCCUGCGCCGCCGCCGCCGAUGUCCCCUCCCACUCCCCCCGACCGGCCCGCACCGCCCCCCCCGGUGCCCGACACGUCGUUCGCCCAACUACGCCGCGACAGAGACACCUUCGGAGUGCACCAGAACAGAGAGGCCGACGACCGGAACGCGUUCUUGGCCAACUGGAGCUCGCGCAGGAAGGAGGAGAACGAGUCGGGCCACGGCGACGACCUGGCCUCCCGUUUCCUGACCUCCGACCGGCGCGAGAGGCGAAUGAACGACUGGGGCGACGAGUCCGUCGGGCGAGGCUUCAGCGAGGAGAGGCAGCAGCACGGCCGCGACGAGUGGGACUCCGAGUCGGGCCUGGACACGACCGACAGGCGCGACGCCCGCGACGGCUACUCGGGCCGCGAGCCCUCCGAGAUAUACGAGCUGCACCCUACGAGGAGCGAGAGGCGGAAGGAGGAGGACAUGGCGAACACGUUCGAGCGCAAACGCUCCUCGUCAUACUUCGACGAGUUCGAGCGCUUCGACGGGCGGAAGAACUCGCGCGACAUGCUCGUCGGCAGGGCGAGGGACAGCCCGCGCUCCGACGUGACAUUCCCGCCGGAGGGCAGCGAAGCGUCCAAGCGCCACGAGCGCGCCACCUUCAAGACUCACAUGGCGCAGAAGGAGAGGGACAGGAAGCUAGAGGCGGAACGGAGGCAAUCCGUGUCCACCCACGCCACCGAUAGGACGGAACAUAUUGAACGUGAUGUCCCGGCACCGGCUGCUUUACUGCCAUCAGAUCGAAUGUUCCUUACAUACACUCGAGUGCCAUGGAAACUGCGUGUGCGCAAAGAGGUCUUCACGCCCGUUGAAACCUACAACGAUCCCGCCAUCUUGGAUUUACUCUAUGCUCAAGUGGUGAGCGACAUAACGUCGGGCGCGCCAUCGCUGCGCAUGAGCGCGGCCGAGCGGCGCGCCGGCCAGGGCUGGCUGCGCGCGCAGGGCGGCGGGCCCGCGCGCGCCCAGGCCAAGCGCGCCUGCGUCGAGAUGGCGCGCAACUGGCCCUUCUACUUCGCGCGCCUCUUCGCCGCGCGCCUGCCGCCCGGCGAGGGCGCCGUGCUGGCGGUCUCGCACGCGGCCGUCUUCGUCGGCAUCAAGGGGCCAGCGGGACUAGCGGUGCGGCGCACGCUGUCCCUGAGCGGGCUCCGCGCCUCCGCCCCCGCCCCUGGCACGCUGCAGCUGACCCCCGCGCGGGAGGCGCCCCUCACGCUGCACGCGCCCCUCGCCCACCACGCGCACUCGCUCAUCGCCGAAUUCGCCCUCCAAUACUCACAGUCCCCUCCGAGCCGCGGCCCCGCGCGCACGAUGCAGCGGCCGCGCCUCACGCACGCGAUGCGCGACAACUGGCGCCACCUGCAGCGCAUGUACGGGCUGGAGCUGGAGCGCGGGGAGUCCCCGCCGCGGCGCGCGCCCAGCCUCGACUCGCUGAUCAACUCCUCGGAGGCGUCCAGCGCGGACGCCUCCAACCCGGAGGACUCCGAUUCGGGCGCGGACACGAGGGACCCGGAACCCCGUCCGCGGAAGCCCCCCAAGAAGUGCCCCCAGAGCCUCUCGUCCUCGUCCAGCGGCCACAUGGAGACGAUACACGAGGAGAGCUCGGAGCCCAAGGUGUCCGUGAAGGAGAUCCUCGCGCGCUUCGAGAAUUUGACUGAGAAGACGGACCUCCAGAUACAGCCAAAACCCGUGACAAAUGGCGUUGCGACUAAGGAGCGCACAUCGGAACGCGAAAGCAGAGAUGUGAGGGAGCUAAGGGAGUCGAGGGAGUCCAGGGAAACACGGGACUCGAGGGAAAUACGCGAGAUCCGGGAGUCAAGGGACGAGACGGAGCAUGUUGAAAGGAGAGCGCAAACCAACUCCCCCGUGCCACGGGACCGGGAGAGGGACAGAGAUAGAGAGAGGGAAAGAGACAGGGAUAGGGACAGGGACAGAGAACGAGACAGGGAGAGAGAAAGAGAAAUGAGGGAGGAAAGAAGAGACCAGUCCACACCACAACACGACGGACGGCAUCCGCUUCUUCAGUUCGCGGUGGACCAUUUCAGACAGAGCCCAGAAUUGGAGAUCCUGAAGGCCGACUCGUCGCUCAAGAGCAAGGCGAAGCGCAACGAAUGGACGUGGAAGGCCCAGACGGACGUGGUGAAAUGGCAGGCGACGCCCCUCAGGGCGCCCCUGCUGCGUCUACCAGCCGCCCUCGCCCCACCAGCUCUGGAAUGCUUCACCUGCGUCAGGGCCUACUGCGGAGACCUGCAGCCGGCGGAGCGCGCCGCCCACCAAGACCUCACAGAGGUCAAGUGCGUCUACACAGUCCUCAUGCACUGCCACUCGGUGCCGGAGCUCCGCGACGAGGUGUACUGCCAGCUGAUGAAGCAGACCACGUCCAACCGUUCCGCCGCCCCGGACUCGUGCCAGCGCGCCUGGCGGCUCAUGUCCAUACUGGCGGCGUACUUCACGUGCUCCGAAACGCUCAGGCCGUUCCUCGUCGAAUACUUGUCGGCCGCUGCUGCUGACAGGCGGAGGCCGUGCCAAGGCACCGCAUCCGUGUGCCUCGCCAACUUGAGAAAGACGCUCAGGUGCGGCGGAAGGAAGAACGUGCCAAGUGUCGAGGAAGUGACUGCAGUGUCGGCCGGGCGAUCGGCUCGUCGCCAACUGUACCGGCUGCCGGGCGGCGCAGAGCGCGUCGUCAACACGAGAUGCGCCACCGUCGUGCAGGACAUCGUCAAUGAGCUCUGCGAACUGAUCGGCGUGACGAGCGAGGCGGAGCGCGCGGAGUUCUCUCUGUACUGCAUCGUGGCGGGGGACGCGCUGACGAUGCCGCUGGCGGGCGACGAGUACGUGCUAGACGUGACCACGGAGCUGCAGCGCGCCCACCACCCCUUCUACCUCAUCUUCUGCCGCUCCGUGUGGCACCACCCGCUGCGCACCGACGCGCCGCCGCUCUACACCGAGGUGCUCUUCAACCAGGUGGCGCCCGACUACCUGGAGGGGCUGCUGCUGGUGCUGCCGGGGGGCGGCGCGCCGGGCGCGGGCGCGCUGCGCGACGCGGCGCUGGUGGCGGCGCUGCUGCACCGCGCGGCCGCGCUGGCCGAGCCGCCGCAGCCGCGCGACCUGCGCUUCCUGCUGCCCAAGCCGCUGCUGGCGCUGCGCGAGCCGCGCCCCGCCAAGUGGGCCGCGUGGGUGGCCGCCGAGUGGCCGCCGCUGCGCGCGCUCGCCCCGCCCGCCGCCAAGGCCAGGGUGCUGCAGGUGCUGUCCCGCUGGCCGCUGUUCGGCUCGUCGUUCUUCGCGGUGCGGCGCGUGGCUGGCGGGGGCGGUGGGGGCGGUGGUGGCGGUGGGGGCGGAGGGGGCGCUGGGGCGGGCGAGUGGCGCGAGCACGUGCUGGCGCUGAACCGGCGCGGCGUGCACCUGCUGCACCCCGCCACCCACGAGACGGACACGCACUGGCCCUACUCCGAGCUCAUAUCCACCAGGAAGGUGCGGUCCGAGGACGGCACGCUGUUCCUGGACGUGAAGUGCGGCUCGCUGCUGCAGCAGCGCGUGACGCGGCUGCAGGCCGAGCAGGCGCACGAGGUGGCGCGCCUCGUGCGCCAGUACGUUGCGCUGCAAAGGGACCAGCACCACCAGCACCAGCACCAGAACCAGCGCCACUCGCCAGGUUUCAAUGCA